AUGCGUUUACAAGAAGAGAAAGACGAUGUCUUGUUUGAACUACAAGAAGCUAAGAAGCGUAUUCUUGAAUUGGAAUCUGAACGAGAUGACCUCAUGGAGCGGGCAGAGGCUGCCAAUGCUGAAGCACGGGAUAUGGCUAGACAUCUCAAGGAGAUUCGCGAACAAAUGCAUGAACUGGAAACGGAGCUUGCAACAUCUCGUACUAAUCUAAAUAUCGCGAAUCGUGGAAAUUCUAUGUUUGCUGAGUUUGCUGAGGAACGCUUGAAGUUGGAAGCAGAUAUGAAAGCCUUGUUUGCGAAAUAUGAAGCUGUUCGUAAACAAAAUUAUGACCUUUCAAAUGAGCUGGAUGAAGCUCGCUUGCUAGCUUUACGGCGGACUAGGAGUGAGGGUACUGGGAGAUGCCGUUGCCACGAACUAGCUCCUGAGCUGCGCCAGCUCAGAGGACGAGUGCAAACCUUGGAUGACCGCCUGUUUAGAGCAAGAAAUGAACUUUUGGAUAUAGGUAGAACAACGAAAGGCAUCGAACCAAAACUCAGGAGUUUCUAUACUUCUUUAAAGAUAGAAAUGGGAGCUUUGCGUAACGAACGUGAUAAAUAUCGAGCUGAUAGGGACAAGCUCAUUGAAGAAAAGGCCGAUCUUGCAGUGCGAGUGGCGAAUGCAGAAAAAUCAGUUGCUGAUGCACAAGAAGAUAUUGAAACCUUGAAGCUACAGCUAGCUAUGAUGAAGGAGAGGGAGCAGAAAAAAGAUGCUGCUAAAGUUUCUGAAAUGAUGAACAAAGGAAGUGGUGAUCAAGAACAGCGUUUAUUGUCUAUACUAAAUCCUAAUCAGUUUACACCUGCUGCCUCGAAGAGACCGACGACACAAACACCUUCUGUUAUUCAGUGCGUACUAGAAACACCUCAAUGCUCUGCACUACCUCGUUCAUCGUUCCAAAGAGAUCUACAAAGCUCAUUCAAUGCUGCAGCUGAUACCAUAGAGAGGCCCUUCAGUGGACUGAAGAAGCUCCGGUUUGCUGAUAACAGUAUGAACGACGACGAAGAUAACAGUAGGAGGGAUUCUAUAAGUGCCAGUGAACUGCGACGGAUCGCUCGUAAGCAAGCUCGUCGUGGCCAAUCGAAAGUUCUUCCAAUUCCUGAGAAUUUGAAAAAAGUGACAGCCAAAAUAGUUAAUCCAAGUGCCUUAUCUUCAAAAUCUGCUAUCACGGAAACAGCUAAAGAAGAAGAACUGAAAACUAAUGUGAAUAGGACAUUGGUGACGUCGACACCGGCAAUAGAAACAUCGUCUUCACGACGGUCUUGUGCA